AUGUUCAAGGAGCAUCGCAACCGUCCGUUGCCUCCUCUGGCCAGAUCCGGUUACUCCGAUCCUUCUACUCUCAUCUCGCGCGAAUCCAGCCGUCUGUUUGAGCAGUCAGCAGCUGUCAGGCUCCUGCGAACCGGCAACCUCGCGGCUCGAGAAGUGGCAAAGGGAGCGGCUCGAGAAGCCAGGGAGAAAUGGAGCCACUUGUUGCAAGGCGCCGCGGAUCGGUGUCGUCCUCCUGUCUUUUUUUUUCCGCCUCUCGCACGGACCUUCGGCGCCGCGAGCCUCGCGGCGUCCAAGUCGCAGAUCGCGCCGCGGCUAGUGGCGAUUAUUCUCGGGGAAGCAGCGCUUCGGGGGACGUCCGGUCGAGACGGUUCGGGUAGAGACGGAUCGUGCGCGCACGCGGAGCAGAUGUUCGGCGCAGCGCAGCUCAAGUCGCAAGUGCAGGCACAGCACCACACCAACCCCGUUAUAGACUUCCUCCUUGAAACGCAAGAAGCGAUCCGUCUGGCUCUUCGCACCGUGUACCUGAUUUUUCUUUUCCUGCCCGCGAUCGUGACUGGCCCGUUCGCGGAUAUGGCUGGAGGGCAGUUCCGGCAGCAGUGGCUGGAGCUGGUACAUAGAACGCUAGAGUACGCGGGAGCGGCGUUCAUAAAGUGGGGUCAGUGGGCGGCGACGCGGCCCGACUUGUUUCCUAAAGACAUGUGCGCGCAGCUGUCGAAGCUGCACACGAAGGCGCCGGCGCAUCCGUUCAAGACGACGCAGCGCAUCGUGGAGCGCGCGUUCGGACGGCGAUUGGAGGAGAUGUUUGAUGAGUUUGACGAGGAGCCCGUCGCGUCGGGGAGCAUUGCGCAGGUGCAUCGCGCGGUGCUGACGAGCCGCUAUCCGCGCGCGGAGCCGAAGAUGGUGGAGCCGCCGCGCAUGGUGGCGGUGAAGGUGCGCCACCCGGGCGUGCGCGAGGUGAUCCACCGCGACUUCGUCAUCAUGAACUGGGUCGCGCGCGCCACGAGCCUCGUGCCGGGCCUGCAGUGGCUGCGCCUCGAGGACAGCGUACAGCAGUUUGCAGUUUUCAUGAUGGCACAGGUGGAUCUAGCCAGAGAGGCCGCCCAGCUAAGUCGCUUCAACUACAACUUCCGCCGCUGGCGCAGCAUCAGCUUCCCCAAGCCUCUAUACCCGCUCGUGCAUCCCGAGGUGCUCGUGGAAACGUUUGAGUCCGGGCAGAGCGUGGCUCGGUACGUGGAUCGGGCCGAGCCUGGCGGCGUGCGGAUAGCAGCUGCCAGCGCAACAGAAGGCAGGCCGGAGGGCGGGCAGGGUGCGGAGGGACUAAGGGAAAGGAAAGCGGAAGGGGCAGAGAACGGGGGUGAUCCCAAGGGAAAAAAGAAGCGGCGGUGGCUGCUGCGGGGGCGGCCGUUCAAGCAGUGGUGGGAGAAGCGGGCGGGGAACAAACUCAACAUGGAGCUAGCCGAGCUCGGCUCACACACGCUCCUCAAAAUGCUCCUUGUAGACAACUUCAUUCACGCGGACCUGCACCCGGGGAACAUUCUCGUGCGCAUGCAGCGCGGGCAUCUGCCGUCGGCGCCGGAGGAAGGGGUGGGGCUGGCUUUAAGUUCCCACCCGCACAUUGUGCUGCUGGAUGUGGGCAUGACUGCGGAGUUAGAGCCAAGGUUCAGAGCGAACAUGCUGGACUUUUUCAAGGCCAUUGCCGUGAGAGAUGGCCGGCAGGCCGCUGCGUGCACGUUGAAGUUUGCUGAUAAGCAGAGCUGCGCCGACCCCGACGCAUUCAUUCAGGACGUGGACAACUCCUUCAAGGAGUGGGACGCCACUGGCCUGCGCAUCCCAACGGGUGACUGCAUGCAAGACCUGCUGGAACAUGUGCGAAGGCAUCGGGUGAACAUUGAUGGAAAUGUGUGCACAGUGAUCAUCACCACCCUCGUGCUCGAGAGCUGGCAACGCAAACUUGACCCUGACCUGAGCAUCAUGGACCAUCUUCGCUCCCUUCUCUUCAGAUCCGAUUUGGCAGAGAGCUUCAAUUACACAAUAGAUGCAAUCAUGGCGCCUUAG